AUGUUUUCUGCAGCUCGUUCAGAUACUCUAUUCCUCGGAGCACAAAAGAUAAGUGGUGAUGACGUCCGUAACCAGACCGUCCUUGCUGCUCAAACCGUGGCCAAUGUUGUCAAAUCAUCUUUAGGACCAGUUGGAUUAGAUAAAAUGUUAGUCGAUGAUAUUGGAGAUGUCACAGUCACAAAUGAUGGUGCAACUAUUUUAUCCCUUUUGGAUGUCCAACACCCUGCCGGUAAGAUUCUUGUUGAAUUGGCCCAACAACAAGAUCGUGAAGUUGGGGAUGGGACUACUUCAGUGGUGAUUAUUGCUGCUGAAUUAUUAAAAAGAGCCAAUGAAUUAGUUAAGAAUAAGAUUCAUCCUACUACUAUUAUAACUGGAUAUAGAUUGGCUCUUAGGGAGGCCAUUAGAUAUAUUAACCAAGUCUUAUCACAAAGUGUUGAUCUGUUGGGUAAAGAAACCAUGAUCAAUAUUGCUAAAACUUCAAUGAGUUCAAAAAUUAUUGGUGGUGAUUCUGAAUUUUUCAGUAAAAUAGUUGUUGAUGCUAUGUUAGCAGUCAAGACUACUAAUUCAAAGGGAGAAGUUAAAUAUCCUGUCAAGGCAGUUAAUAUCUUAAAAGCUCAUGGUAAAUCGUCGUUAGAAUCUAUGUUGGUUGAUGGUUAUGCAUUGAAUUGUACUGUUGCCUCCCAAGCUAUGGUCAAAUCGGUUAAGAAUGCUAAGAUUGCUUGUUUGGAUAUUAAUUUACAAAAAGCUAGAAUGGCAAUGGGUGUUCAAAUAAAUAUUGAUGAUCCUGAUCAAUUAGAAGAAAUUAGAAAAAGAGAAUAUGGAAUUAUAAUUGAAAAAAUCCAAAAAAUCUUACAAGCUGGUGCUAAUGUGAUUUUAACAACUAAAGGUAUUGAUGAUUUAUGUUUAAAAGAAUUUGUUGAAAAUAAUUGUAUGGCAGUUAGACGUUGUAAAAAGGAAGAUUUAAGAAGAAUUGCUAGAGCAACUGGUGCCACAUUAAUUUCUUCAUUAUCUAAUUUAGAAGGUGAAGAAACUUUUGAAACUUCGUAUUUGGGUUAUGCUGAUGAAGUUGUACAAACUAGAAUCAGUGAUGAUGAAUGUAUUUUAAUUAAAGGAACUAAACAACAUUCAUCUAGUUCUAUAAUAUUACGUGGUCCUAAUGAUUAUUCCUUGGAUGAAAUGGAAAGAUCAAUUCAUGAUUCUCUUUCAGUUGUUAAACGUACUUUAGAGAGUGGAAAUGUUGUUCCUGGUGGAGGUGCAGUUGAAACUGCAUUAAAUAUCUAUUUAGAAAAUUUCGCCACUACUGUUGGAUCUCGUGAACAAUUAGCAAUUGCAGAAUUUGCUAAUGCAUUAUUAGUAAUUCCAAAAACUUUAGCUAUGAAUGCUGCCAAAGAUGCUUCUGAUUUAGUUUCAAAAUUAAGAACUUAUCAUGCUGCUUCACAAUUAGCAAAAGCUGAUGAUGAAAAACGUAAGAAAUAUAAGAAUUAUGGAUUGGAUUUAAUUCAAGGAAAAGUUGUUAAUAUGGCUACAAAUGGUGUUUUGGAACCUACUGUAUCUAAAAUCAAAUCUUUGAAAUCGGCAUUAGAAGCUUGUGUUUCUAUUUUAAGAAUUGAUACUAUUAUUGAAGUCAAUCCUGAACCUCCAAAGGAAGAUCCUCAUGACCAUUAG